GAGUCAGCGAUUGAACUCAUAUUUGCUGCUUUUUUCACCACGGCUAGUGCCAGCACCUCUCUGAUCCUGCUGCUACUGAAGCACCCCUCAGUGAUUGAGAAAAUAAGGCAGGAGCUGAUGUCCCACGAGCUCUAUCAGCAGCAUGAGCUCUGCCCUGACGGACCCUGCCUGGACAGCCUGACCACCCAGAGCAGGGACAGCAAGAAGCCACUUCUCACCGUGGCCAAAGAUGCUUGCGAGGACCUGGGCCAGCCCCCUGGCCCAACAGAGGAAGGUUCCCCCCAGCACCCCUCCCUGCCUGAGGCCACCCUCUCCGGGAGCAGUCCUUGUGCUGAGCCCCAGCUCCAGGUACCGGUGGGGAAGGGCUGCCACUGUCCCUCAGACAUCAGCCUGGAGACGCUGAGCUGCCUGCGCUACCUGGACUGUGUGAUAAAGGAGGUGCUGCGGGUGCUGCCGCCCGUCUCCGGAGGCUACAGGACAGUGCUGCAGACUUUUGAGCUGGACGGCUACCAGAUCCCCAAGGGCUGGAGCAUCAUGUACAGCAUCCGUGACACGCAUGAGACGGCCGCUGUCUACCAGAGCCCCCCUGGCGGCUUCGACCCCGAUCGCUUCAGUGCCACCCGGCCAGAGGCCACGGGCCGCUUCCACUACAUACCCUUUGGCGGCGGGGCGCGGAGCUGCAUCGGCAAGGAGCUGGCACAGGCCAUCCUCAAGCUGCUGGCCAUUGAGCUGGUCAGCACAGCCCGCUGGGAGCUGGCCACCCCCAGCUACCCUGCCAUGCAGACGGUGCCCAUUGUGCACCCUGUUGAUGAUGGGCUGCAGCUCUACUUCCACCCCUUGCAGCCUGGCGGUGACAGCAAGGCCUGA